AUGGCUUCGUUAAAUGAACAGAUUUUGGAACGAAAGAAGAGACUGCAAGCUCUGGCGCAAAAGGCAUCUAUCGCGCAUGGUGAAACCCUUGGUACACCUUCUGAAAGAGUAGAGACAAGUGCAGCAUCGGAGUUCAAGAGAAUAAAAAAGGAUGCUGAGGUUCCUAACAUCGAACUAAGUGCAAGCGCUCAAGAGCCCGCCUCAGUCAAACCCGAGACAAUGGCGUCUGUUGGAAAUGAAAGAUUUGACAUAGCUCGUAAACCAACGAGUGAUUUGGAAGACAAGCUGCGGCCCGAUCUUGAAGAGCUGGAAGAACGUACCCAAGAAGCAAUCAAAAGGUUAGUACGACAAAGGCUCUUGACACAAGACGUUGAAGCCGAAAAUAACUAG